AACCCUUGACCCAGUUCUCUGGCUUAUCCUUCACGCCAUUCUCUAAAUCUCUCUAAAUCUUUCUCUCGCUCGCCUCCUCCCCCUUACGCCGAUCGUCCUUUCCCACCGUCGAGUCUUUUUCUCUCUCUGUCUCUCUACGGGCUUUACGUUGUACACCAGAUGUCUGUUGAUCUCUGCAAGAAGAAUCCAUCUUUUCUUUGGUGUGACUGUGGUUAUAUGAGCAGGGGGAGGUUGUGGUGUUUUCAGAUAAUCUUGUUCAGGCACUGGACUUGACCUUCUUCACCUCUUCUUCUUCUUCUCUCUCUCUCUCUCUCUUUUCUUUAUUUUCUCUAUUUCUUCCUGGCUUCUUUGGAUUUUUUUUCUGUCUAGUUUGAUUACAAGCCAUUCGCUUGUGUUGGUCCUGUUUACUGUGAACUUUGAAGACUAAGUUUUCUGUGCAAGACUCUCACUUUACUUGUGAGGAGUUUACAGAAGAUUGUGCAAAGUUUUCCCCUUUGGAUUCGCCAAUGGGGAAAACUAAGUUGGCUCCUGGAUUUCGUUUCCAUCCGACUGAUGUUGAACUCGUGAGAUAUUACUUGAAGAGGAAAAUACUGGGGAAGAAGCUCAUUGUUGAUGCUAUUGCUGAAGUUGACAUUUACAAGUUUGAACCCCCUGAUCUACCUGAUAUGUCUUAUAUCAAAGGUGGGGAUCUUAAGUGGCACUUCUUUUGCCCGAGGGAAAAGAAGUAUGCUAGUGGGGUUAGGGCAAACCGUGCAACGGACUGUGGUUACUGGAAGACCACAGGGAAGGAGAGACCUGUUCUGUGCAAUUCGGAAGUUGUGGGGAAGAUUAAAACUCUGAUUUAUCACUUUGGUAAGUCGCCUCGCGGGGAGCGGACUGAUUGGGUUAUGCAUGAAUACAGGCUUGAAGACAAGGCACUGGCGCAGAUGAAUGUUCCUCAGGAUACUUAUGUGGUGUGCGUUCUGUUUAAAAAAGAUGGACCAGGACCUAGAAAUGGAGCCCAAUAUGGAGCUCCAUUUAGAGAUGAGGACUGGAGCGAUGAGGAAGAGCGUACUGAUGUUCCUACGACUAGCAAUCCCACAAUCUUUCAUGAGCCUAGCAGAGAAACCAGUCUGGCUGUGACUGUCGCAGAUGACCUCAACAAAGAUUGUUUCGGUGGCAUGAUAUCAGAAUCGUGUGUCUCCGAUUUCCUACCAACUACAACUAAUACCACCAGUAAACUUCCAGAUCCAAGUGAUGCAGCUAACACUCAUAUGUCUGUUACACCUCUGGCAGAUACCUUACCGACCCCCAACAACAACAAUGAUGACUUAUAUGCAAUGUUGGAUCUAUUUGAUGAUGACGAAGAAUUCUUGGGGUUCCCCAAUGAGGCAAUACAUAAUCCCGGUGUCUCAGCUCCGGUUUCCUUGGAAGACAUAUUCAACGGAUUACCAGACUUGGGCAAUAUGCAUAACAACAUGCCAAGGGCGUCCUCGUACGACCUAAUUGAAAACUCGGAGUUAUACUUAGAGCUACAAGACCUCACUGCUCCAUUACUACCUCCUCCUCUGACUGCUCCAUUAAAUCCUCAAACUGGGAAUGUCAAUGACUCGAGAAGCUCAUAUCUGUAUAAUCAAGGCCACUUUGACUUCUCUGGUGGUAAUGAUGAUGGUCCUUAUGGCUUUUCUGCUAACAUUGGACAUGGACCAGACUCUGAAAAACGAUGAAACCUCUUCUGUGCCCCAGGUCGGUCUGCUUCACAAAUUAGCAGAUGCACAUCCAGAGAGAAGAAAAGAAGCACCCACGACCUUUUGUUUAUUCAAUUUCUGGACUUUUCUAGUCUUUGAAUUAGUAAACCUCUCAAUCAGUCGACAUCUCUCUAUUUCUUCCUUCGGUUGCCGUAUUUUUAUAAAUAUUUUCAACAUUUACGCAACUUGCUUCUUUUUGUUAUGGCU